GAUGGGGAAGAGGUAGACAGAUGUGUUGGAACACCAUUAACUGGAAAAUCCAAGUUGCUGAAUUUUGUAGGGAAAAAGAACAUGAGUACAUUGUUACCAAACAUUCAAUCCUGGGAUGAAAAGAAAGAACUUGGACAAAAUGAUGGACGAGUGGAAUUCCCAUGUGCCUCUAUAACUGCAGAACAGGAGGAGAUAUCUGAAAGGGACGAUCCCAGUAUCUCUUCCAAAAAUAUCGCGGAGAAUGCCAAUCCUGUAGACUCCAACUGUGUCCUUGGGUUUGCAGCUGACAGUGAACGCAGGCGACUCUUGGAACAGGACUGUGAGGGAAGAGGUGGGAUGCUGCCUUUGUGCUUGGGAAGAGCUGGUUUGGAACGAGUGAGUAAGUCGGAUGGUACGGUGGGUGUUGAAACCCCUAUUACCGAUGACUGGAACAACAUGAGAACAAGAGCACGGUCUGUUAGUGUGAAAGUGCCUGGUACCGUGUUGGAAGAGGCUGGGAUCCCGUUUCCAAAGGCAGGCGGAGCAGCAGGAGAAGAUGGCAAAUUCGGUGAAGUGUCUGGAAACAUGAGGCAGUUUAGUGCAAAGCACAGGCGCUAUACUUUCUAUCCCCGUUCAUAUUCUGUCGAAGCGAAGAAUCUGUCCAUUUCUAUUUACAGACAAACGGAGAGACUUUCUGAUAACAAGUGGGAGAGAAUGGAAGAUAACCUCUCCCUAUCUUCAGGCAGUUUGCUAAAACCGAAUCCUCCCCCUACCUCUGCAGCCUCUAGUCCCUCCUCCGUGGUGGAUAUCCCUCCUCCCUUUCAACUGGCCAGCAUCACCAAAAAGCCCAUCACCAAAAGUUCGCCGUCACUCCUGCUCGAAAACGAAUCUCUGGAUAAGCAUUUAAAACAGAACGCAAAGAAAAAGUCAUCCUUCAAGCGCUUUUUGCCCAUGAAAUUUCGGAAGAAGAUCGAAAAUAAGAUCGCAGUCGAGGUCAAUGUGUGCAAGCCUGCCUUGGACACAGCCAAGGUCCUUGACCAUGACCGCAGGAGUUUGGGGAAUUCGCCGCAGAUUAGGACGCGAUCCGGGAAGAUCCGAGUGUGGGACUCUCCCUCCACCUUCCUCAUCAGCAAGGACAGCAAGAGGAAAGGGACGGCAAAACCUUUCAGCAGAAGUGUGACAAGGGUCGAAUCCUUCGAGGACAGGUCACGGCUCUCUUACACGUCUCUCCCGUUAACCAAACCCAGAUCCAUUUCCUUCCCCAACGCCGACACAUCUGAUUAUGAGAACAUUCCAGCCGUCAGCUCGGACUAUGAAAAUGUACAGAUCCCGCCCAGGAGGAAUGGUCGCUCUGGGACCUUCACCGAAUUCUUCGAUGACCCCAGUAGAGCUUUUAACUCCGCCUCGGAGAAUGAUGGCUAUGUGGACAUGACCAACUUCAGGCCUUUCGAGAGCCGCAAGAACGUGGAGCAGGAGCUGGAGAGUGUUGAGAGUGAGACUCUGACAGCAUGUACACCUAGUGGAGACGAGCUCGUAUCAGAUGUGGAGAUUGGAAACAGUUCAGAGUCUGAGGAGAUCAAUAGAGACCUGGCUGAACAGAGUAAUGUUGAAAUGGAAGCCUAUCACAUUGUGAAAGCCCUAACAACUUCUGAGAGAAUGUACGUCAGUGUGCUGAAGCUCCUACACACAGACUUCAGAGGAGUUGCCUUGAAGGCUGUUGAUGGUGAAGUGUGCCCUGUGUUGGACCGGGAAGUAGUCACUUUCAUCCUGCGUGCUGUUUCUGAGCUCCUUGAUCUCCACCAGGAAAUACUGCAGGAGUUGGAGCAGAGUGUGACUGAAUGGGAGCAGGCAGGUCCAUGUUUGGCACAUGUGAUCUUAGCCCGAGGGCCCAGACUGAGUGUGUACUCCAGGUAUAUUGAGCAAUUUGAACAUAACCUCGCAAUCCUGGAACAAUCCUGUAGCAACUCACAAGAGCUUUCCACAAGGCUGCUGGAGUUCGAGGUCCAUCCUGAUUCCAACAGGCUGACUGUUAAGCAGUGUCUUUACAUGCUGCUAUUGCGAGUCCCUCAAUAUCACCUUUACCUGACAGAUUACUUGAAUAAUUUGCAUCCAGACAAUUCCGAGUAUGAAGAUACUCAAGCUGCUCUUUGUGUUGUGAGGACGUUGUGUGAGCAGCUGAGAACGUAUGUGAACCAAGCAGAGAAUCUACAGAAGCUGUUAGACGUUGAGCACCGAGUGAAUGGAGUGCAUCAGCUCUCAUGGCCUGGCAGGGUGCUCAUCAAGGAAGGAGGAUUGCUGAGAGUGACUGAAGGAACACUACAGCCUCGAUACUGUUUCCUGCUCAGUGACAUAUUCCUGUACACUGCGCCCCAGCAUAGCCGGAAAUAUCAACUGAACAAGACACUGCCGCUCCAUGGCAUGAAGGUGAACAGAGUGCCUGUCGAAGAGACUGAGAAGCUACUGAGGAUCCAGAGUGUGCGAGGCUCCAUCACACUCUGUGCCAGUUCCUCUACAGAGCGCGAUGAGUGGCUAGCUGAUAUCAGCAAAGUAGUAGAUGAUUAUCAGAGGACACAGACACUCUUGGGCCUGAGAGGGAAUGCUGAGCUGUUCUCAGAGAAGACUGACAGCGGUCUGGGUGCCAAGCCUCCAAUGCUGAUCCCUGACUCCCGAGUGGGGAUGUGUAUGAUCUGCUCAAGUGACUUCUCCCUGACAUGGAGACGUCAACACUGCAAUGCAUGUGGGAAGGUUAUAUGUCGAACAUGUUCCAGGAACAAGUAUCCACUCAAGUAUCUGAAAGGCAGGAUGGCCAGAGUGUGUGACCAGUGCCACAGGGAGCUGAAGAGAAAAGAAUUAAUGACAGUGAAUGAAAAGGCCGCAUCGUUGUUCACUCGCUCACCAGGCACUACCAUCUCGUCAGUGUUUCACAGUUUCCACACAUCCUCCCUCCGCAAACAGAAGAGGGUUCCAAUGGCUCUGAAGGAGGUUGAAGCCUCAGCCGAGGGAGUGUCAAUGAGUGGAUAUCUCCAGAGGUGUAAGAGGAACAAGAGACAUUGGAAGAAACUCUGGUUUGUCAUCCAUGAGAAGGUGCUGUACACAUACAGAGCGAGUGGUAACAAAGUUGCUGCAGAGAGCUUGCCUUUAUUGGGCUUUACUGUCAAGGGAUCAAAGGAUGAUGACCACUCUGGACCCAGUGUACUGUUUCAGCUUCACCACAAGAACGUCCUUUACUACACAUUCAAAGCCGAGGACACACACACAGCACAGAGAUGGAUUGAAGCCAUGUUUGAAGCCACCAUAUUAUAGCAUUUGUGGGUCCUGCCAGUGUGAGAUAUUUCUUUCUGCUCUGUCCCCCAGUGGAGAUGUGAGGAAACAGUUGUGACUCACUGCAAUUAAUUGUCUUGUGCUGCAAGGAAAGUUUCUGACUGUACUCACCAUGUCAUCUCAAUUGUUCAUUCCACACAAGUCAAUUUUUCUUCUGACUUCACUAUUAAACAAGUACUACACUUCCAACAACUAAUGCAACAAAUUGUCCUUCACUCGGCAAUAUGAGAAGGAGAAACCAACUCUCGCAUUACCUACGCCUGGAGCACUUGGAAAAUUAAAAUACUUGAUAUCGGAUUUAAAAAUGUUCCCACUGGGUGGUUGAGGCUUAGUCAGAUCUUGAUGAGCGAAUGAUUUCCCCACCCUGGAUAAUCAAUAAGGUUUAUGGUGAAGUAGGGAAGGGUGUAGGUGGCAGAGUGUGUAGUUAUCAAAGUGAGGCUGGGAGAGCAGGUAUCAGUCACUUCCAAGUGCAAUCCCUCUUGAGACAGUGUGGAUGCUGUGAAGCAAUUGGGGUCUAGUAACCCCCCACCGUACAGAGACCAGCAAGUAUAGUUUGGCUUUUGCAGGGGGUUUGAGUUGUCUUGAUAUCGAGACAGAACUUUACUAUUUUUAGCUUGCUGGAUAAACAAUCAAGAUAAAUUAGGUUUGCGUGUACAAAGUAGGUCAAGUUUCUCAUCCCUCGAUUGGAACUACAGCAAAGCUCUUCCUCGGGACUGUAUUACAUCAGAAGCGGAUGAAGGGAUGGGUUUGGUGUUGAGAGGUCAGUGUCUUAAUGCUCUCUAGAAAUAAGCUGAGCCCUCUGGAUUAGGGUUGCAUUGGUGAACUUGUAAAGUGGUCCUCUACAUAUUAGAGAUUCUAAGACAGCAGAAACUUAAUAAAGUGCACUAAAGAGAAGUGGAAUUCAAAAUGAAGUCCUGACAAUGGCUGAGCAGGAAUUGUAAAUGUAUAAUAUUAUUAUAAAUAAUGGUGAUCACAGGCUACUGUAGGCUAUGCCAACACCUGAUGACCAAAUGUUCAGA